AAAUGCUCGUGGCAUUGUGCAGGAAGGGGUGGGAGUAAGGAAGAAAAGGAAGAACAGAGUGCUGCUUUUAGAGGAAGUACUUGUUUAUGCUAACCCAAAGUGAUUGAGAAACCUAUAGCAUAAGCAGUGUGAGAGGCUGGCUGUGUAUUUUAUGUUACACCUUUGCAAGCAGCAGGCUGUAAGGCCAAAAUUCCCUUGCUAGUGAAGCUGGCUGGCCUAGAGAACAGAUUGCUGAUAAAUCUGAAGCUCUUCGUGCUGUGGGGAGGUCGCUUCCAGCUGCUGCUACCCCAGGGGUGGCCACCAGGCCUGUGGCAGAUUUGUAGAAGACAGGGACGGUGAGGGAGCCACCUGUUUCGGUACAAAAUUAUCUGGAUUCAUCUCCUGGAACCGUUUUUGGUGUUUUGAGAAGGGACAAAUCCAUGUGAGGUGUCAUAUCCGUGGCUGCAGAAGGAUGAAGGAUGAGGGACAGCCUUUGGUAGCCGCCUUUUCACAGCAUCACACUAUUGCUCUGCUGGUGUUUGAGGGGACUGGAGCUCCAAAUGCCAGCAAUUUCCUUGGACAAAUGCCAUUCUCCUCUUUCAAAAGGCACGGGCCCAAACAAUGCAUCAUCCUGCAGGGCCGUCAAACGCCGCAGCAGAACCCAGCCUCCUUUUUGCAUUUAAUCCCAGAAGGAAUAACAAAUGAUGUUUGUCUCCAGCGCAGAGGUGGAAGUGUUCAGCCAAACGUUUAUUUAGUCUGAGAAAAAGCCAGAUGCACUCCGAAUGCCUUUCUUUCCCAUGCUAACAUCAAAGCUGCACUUCAGCCACUCGAGAUAACUUUUCAAGGGAUGGCCAGGUUACUAGAAACUCGAGCAUAAACCAAGUUGAUGAGUACAUGGGGUGACUGGUCAGUUAGAGGCUUGCUAGCCUAACGUAAUUCCCAAGCUGAAUAGUGUGGCUAGCAGCGUGUGUGGCCGCGGGGUGUGCUCCUUGAAGAACUGAAGGAGGGUAAUGUGCAAGAUCCUGGAAGGAAGGCAGGCUUCUCGUGUUAGACUGGCACCUCCUGGACUCUUUUUUGAGUCAAACAAUUGGAUAUUUUGUGAAAUAUGCUUGCUUGUUUUUUUGUUGUUCAUGAUUUUUAACUGUUUUCCCUGUGAAAUUAGUGAAGAACAAGGGAAAGGCAGGGGCGUUGGUAUGCAAGGAUGGCUCAAGGCAUCUCCAUCCUUUGUUCCAGCACCGAGAAGAUGAAACUUCACAAACUGCAGAGUCUUUGAGACAGGACAAGUGCUACAUAACUCGAAAACAAGGCCCGGGUGGCAAAGAGUGUGUGUGCAAUCACCUGAAGUGUGCUGCGUGCAUCGUAGCUUCAUUAAGGUCGCAGGCUCUGGCCCUGGCUCAGAAUAUCCUGUUGCUCGUCGAACAGUACAUUCCUACUCCUUGUGAGCCAGAGCUAUCUGGGAACAUGUAUUAAAAAUAGUUCAGUCUUAAAAGAUUCGGGCGGCACCGCUGCUAACCCCCCUUUAUGCUCUAUUUUGGGACCGGUGGGUGUAGUGCCCAUCACCUGAUCUCCAGACCAUGGUGUCAGGGAUGUGAAAACACUGCUGGUCAACCUUGGAGCCCUCACCAAGGCUGGGAAAUGUGAGAGAAGUCGUUUGACUCAUGCCUGGAUGGGAGAGAGCACAGAUUUAUCAGAUUAGAAGAGACCUGAGCAGCUUUUGUAAACGUCUGCUCACAGGUUAGUCCUCUGAGUUGCCUUUGAGGUGUCAGCCUCCCCUUUCUUGUUUGUACCAUGUGCAGCAGGGCCAGAGGUCAAAGUAAAAACCUGCAGGCAGGUUGGAGAAGAGUUGGUGUCAUCAAAUCUCCUCCAAUAUACGUUUUACAAGCGUGCAUAUUUCUGCACUGAAGCUCCUGCUCAUACCCACCUCCAUACAGUGCCCGAUGUUAACCCCUUUGUCAGGCCGAGACACUUCGUUCUACUUUUUCAUUCUUUGUGAGUCAUCAAAACGCCUCUUAAAGCGUUGGGGAAAGUACACCGAGAGUGCGUGGCAUAUGGGGUACGCGGUCUCGUCCUCCUAAGGCACAUUUUGAAGUGAGUUUGGGUGCUGCGUGGCCUGAUGUUCCUGCCCUGCUUGAGUGAUAGGUAGAAGAUUAAUCAGCCGCUCGAUGGGGAUUAACAGUGGAGCACCUCUUUGUGUCGCCUUUCCACCUCUCUGUAGCAAGAAGAACAACUUCAGCACUUCUUCAAUAAUAAUUAUGAAACUGGUAUUAACUGAAUGGCAAUUAUGGAUUUUUAACUCUAACUCUCAGUAAACCAGCAAGCCAUAUGUUGAAAUUCCUACCAAAUAGCUUUUCGUCCUUGAUGUCUCGUACCUGUACAAGAAGUUGCAAGAUUCCUGUUUGUACAAGAGGAAUAUAAGCGUUUACUUGCCUGAGGAACAGAAGCUGAACGAGAAGACACCCUGACUUGUUUGUGGAGUUAUGGUAGUAUUAUUUAUAUAGAUAUAACAAAGAGAGAGAUAUAUAUAUAUAUUUUUAUGGUAAUGAAAAUGGCUCCCCAGAAUGCUGACUCGGAAUCUAUGCAAGUUCAAGACCUACCUGUGGCCCAGCUUCAGAAAGCAGAAACCAAGGAGAACGAAAGCAGAGAGGAGACCAUUAGCGAAGGGUCCAUAGACCGGAUCCCCAUCCGCCUGUGGGUGAUGCACGGCGCAGUCAUGUUUGGCAGGGAAUUUUGUUAUGCCAUGGAGACGGCUUUGGUAACGCCGGUGUUGUUACAGAUCGGUCUUCCUGAGCAAUACUACAGCCUCACUUGGUUCCUGAGCCCCAUCCUGGGCUUAAUCUUCACUCCGCUUAUAGGCUCAGCCAGUGACCGCUGCACGCUGAGCUGGGGCCGCCGGCGGCCUUUUAUCCUCGCUCUCUCCAUUGGUGUCCUCUUUGGAGUUGCACUUUUCCUCAACGGCUCUGUUAUAGGUCUGGCUAUUGGCGACGUCCCGGACAAGCAGCCCAUCGGUAUAGUUCUCACGGUGCUUGGCGUUGUGGUGCUGGACUUCUGCGCCGACGCAACGGAAGGGCCAAUUCGGGCGUACCUGUUGGAUGUGGUGGACAGCGAAGAGCAAGAUAUGGCCCUUAACAUCCACGCCUUUUCAGCUGGUCUCGGAGGAGCAAUCGGUUAUAUGUUGGGAGGGCUGGACUGGACGCAGACCUUCUUGGGUGUUAUUUUUAAAUCUCAAGAGCAAGUCCUUUUCUUCUUCGCAGCCAUUAUUUUCUCAGUCUCUGUUGCUCUCCACCUUUUUAGCAUCGAAGAAGAGCAAUAUAACCCUCAGCAGGACAGGAUGGAUGACGAAGGAGACACCCUCUCGAGUGUCAAAUUCAGCGGCAGCCUCCCCCCUCUGAAUCGGCUGAACGUGAUCAGUGAGGAGGAGCCGUACGGAGCCUCGAUGUUCCACGACGAGGUGCAGUCUGAGCAUGAUCUCAACAUGGAGUUCCUGGAGGUGAACAUCGUGAGGAGUAAGAGCGACUCCGUUCUGCACAUGCCCGACGCCACCUUGGAAAUCGAAUCGGAGCUGCUUUUCUUGCAUGACAUCGAGCCCUCAAUUUUUCAGGACGCUUCGUAUCCAAACACCCCCCACAACACCAGCCAGGAGAUGAUGAAGUCCAAACUGAACCACCUCGCUCCUUUCCUCAGGGACAACGAGAAGGAGGAGGAGAUGUUGCUUGAUAACCGCUUGAACGAAGACAAAGUCCCGAACGCGAACGGCUCCCUGCGGAAAGACUUCCUCAACGGCCACGCUCGAAUAGGCAUGAAGCAGUCCAGCACUUCCAACUCCAUGCGGAGGCGGAGGCACAUGUUCUACCGGCAGCCCUCCUACACCUUCUCCUACUACGGCAAAAUCGGCUCGCACCGCUACCGCUUCCGCCGAGCCAACGCCAUCGUCUUGAUCAAGUCCUCGCGCAGCAUGAACGACAUCUACGACAUGCAGAAGCGGCAGCGACAGCGCUACCGGCACAGGAACCAGAGCGGCGCGACGAACUCGAGCGGAGACACCGAGAGCGAGGAAGGGGAAACCGAAACCACCGUCAGGCUCUUGUGGUUGUCGAUGCUGAAGAUGCCAAAGGAGCUGCUGAGACUGUGCGUUUGUCACCUCUUAACGUGGUUCUCGAUCAUUGCUGAAGCUGUGUUCUACACGGAUUUCAUGGGCCAGGUCAUUUUUCAGGGCGAUCCAAAGGCCCCUUCCAAUUCAACGGAGUUACAUGCCUACAAUGCGGGGGUUCAGAUGGGAUGCUGGGGGCUGGUGAUUUAUGCUGCUACUGCUGCCGUUUGUUCAGCCUUGUUGCAGAAAUACUUGGACAACUACGACCUUAGCAUAAAGGUGAUCUACAUCCUGGGCACACUGGGUUUUUCUCUGGGCACUGCAGUGAUGGCGAUGUUUCCCAACGUGUACGUCACCAUGAUCAUGAUCAGCACGAUGGGAAUAGUCUCCAUGAGCAUCUCCUACUGCCCCUACGCGCUUCUGGGACAAUACCACGAUAUUAAAGAGUACAUUCACCACAGCCCCGGGAAUUCCAAGCGAGGAUUCGGCAUCGACUGUGCGAUUCUGUCGUGUCAGGUUUACAUCUCCCAGAUCCUCGUGGCCUCCGCCCUCGGCGGCGUGGUGGACGUGGUUGGCACUGUCAGAGUCAUUCCCAUGGUGGCUUCGGUGGGAUCCUUCCUGGGCUUUUUGACAGCCACCUUCUUGGUGAUAUACCCCGAGGUCAACGAAGAGCCGAAGGAAGAGCAGAAAGGACUGGGUCCUCCAGAGACCACCGAGGGCAGCAGCACGAGCGCGGAGAAGCCGACAGUGCUGAAGCUCACGCGCAAGGGCACCGCCGCGUCGGAGCUGGAGGGCGAGUCAGCCGUGUGAGGCUUCACCACAUUCCAGGGAGUGCAGGUGCAGGAUCAAGAACUUUCUUUUCUUUUUUUUUUUUUUUCCAGGAAAACGAAUUAGGAUCUUCACUACUUGUAGCUAAAAUUGCAGAAGAACAGGCAGUUUCAUGCAAAAAUGUAAAUGAAAUUCUGUAGUCCUUACUCUAGGUUUGAACAGGUAGCUAUGAUGCUAAUUGCUUUCUCUACAACUUAGAAAUGUCAUUUCUGAACACUUUUUUAUUGCGAAUACAUUUAGAUUUCAAAUAAGUUUUAUUAAUCUGCAUGAGACUCACAGUGUAUACAAUUAGCAGUUAGAAAAAAUAAGUUUUCGGCUGUUUUAAAACUAACUCAAAAUGGAAGCUAUCUCGACUUCUAGUCUCUUGCCAUUUUUUUUUGUCUGAACAUUUCAGAUUUCACUAAUGCAGUAGCUGAAUCCAACGCUUUGACACCUUGACCAGUUGUUAUUUUUUUCAGGAGCGUGUUAUUGGUCUGACAGCUACAGUUCUUUAACAUGAAUUUUAGAUUUUGUAUUUUCGUUCGUGCAAUUACUACAGAAUAGUUUUAUUUUCACAAAAAAAAAAAAGAAGCAAUUGCUGCGGUUUCUAAGAAACUGCUGCGAGUCCUUUUGGUCAUACUGUCCACCAGCUGCUCCCACGUCUGCUGCUUGGCCCAGGCGGGUGGCGUUGGGUGCGUGAUGUGAACCAGAGGUGGAAGGAGCAGCGGCUGGGAGAGGCGGUCGGCACUCGCAGGUUUUUGUCACGAGUGCUGAGCUUUGUGAAUGUCUUUGGAAAUAACGCUGUGACAAUUUCUUGCUGGGAGUUUCGUGUGCCCAUGAGCUCUGGGGUGUUCUCGGCGUUUAAACCCAAUCAUCUCUGGAUGAAGCUGCCAUGGGGAAGGGUUGUCUGUGGGGUCAGCUUGGUGGGAUGGGGUGUGCGAGUCGUCACCCGUGGGGAAAGGAAAGCUGUUGCUUAAUUGCACUUUUUCUGAUCCUUUAACCCCUCGGCUGGGAAGGCAGCAGCCAGGGGAAGGGCACAGUGUCAGGCCUACCUCUGUGACUUUGUGGCAUCAUCUGGUUGUGUAAAAAUCCGUGUCGGAAACAGUUUUUAGGCCUUAAAAUCCAACCCACUAGCGUGUGUUGCUGUUCCAGGCCGUGUGUCGGAGGACAUGUAGGCUGGUCCAAUUCCAUCAGCACAACCUCUGUGCCCCCUUCCUUGAUUCAGGACAUAGCCACAGUGCAAAGACAUUUGCUGUGAAGAGCUUCAAAGAGCUGUGCUAAUCCGAUUUAAAACCUGAUCGGGAUCGCUGGCAGUUCCCCAGUCCAUGGGCAGACGAAGCUCAGAGAUCCGGCAGCCGUUUAAAGCAACUUCAGGACCCCAACUUCCACCCGUCGUCUUCUGAGAAGCGUUUGUGAUGCUAUUGACCCAUUUUCGCGUGGACCUACAGGCUGCAGCCCAUCCGUGGGCUAAGCAGCCGACUCACACAGCUCCUCGUGAGAUUCCUGCUGCCUCAAACUUCUUCUACUACAGUCCUUUAAACCUGCAUGUGGAAAUCAUGCUGCAAUAUAGUCAGUCAAAAGAAAAAGAAAAAAUCUAUAUAUAUAUAUUUCCAAAUGAGAAGCAGUUUUUAACAAAUUACUUGAAUUGUCGAUGUAUUUAAGAAAUGUUUCUUUUGGUAUCUUCAAAGUCGACGUGCGGUCUCAGCUGGCAUCACCAACGAAUUCCUGGUGUGGUUUCCAGCUGAAGGCUUUCGGUUGGUGCCGACGUCUUUAUGCUGGCAAGGGUGACGAUGUCGUGUAAUCGCACAAGACUUUUAUUAUUUUUUUUCUCAAAUGUCUCAAAAAAGUCUUUUUUUUUUCUUUAAGGUGAUUUUUUUUUUUAUUUAGGACACAUACUGUGAACUGUGUUCGGACAGGGGAGUAGUACUACUGAAAAACACGAGACCUUACUGAAGCAAUCAGUUGCGAGAAACGCUUUAACUGACCUUCUGCCGUGAAUUUGAUCAUCUCAGUUACAUUUAAUAUAUUCUGGUGAUAUUCCUAUCUAACAGAGCUGCGCGUUGUAUUUCACCCUAUAACUGGCAUUCAUGUAAAAUACAAACUGAGUUAGACGUUCUAAAGCGGCUUUAAUAUUUUAUUUUGAAAACUCCUUGAAGAUUCUGCUUUCGGUUCAACGAACACUGUCGAACGCUCCUUAUUUCAGUCUCUACUUCUCAAAAGGUUCUUCUACACUUUGAAAACCUGCUGAAAAUCUUCUGGUCAGCGCCAGCCUUCCCCCGUUUUCCCCCCGGUCGUGGUUUCGGUAAUUGUGAAUGUAGCUUCAGCCCAGGCGUUGCUCCAGGCAGCGCCUUUGUAAGCCAAGAUUUCUUGCACAGGGAACGCAAAACAGUUUUGGGGUUGAGGUCACGCUCUUUUAUUUAGCUUUCUCGGCCGGGGCGAGCGGUGAGGAGGGAGAACGACAUUUCCAGCCCAGGGGGGUUCAGUCGCAGGCAGAGCAGGGCCAGCUUUGUCCCAGGCAGCGUUUUGCUGAGCCUCGUUUCAAAGAAUUGGAUGUUAAAAGCCAGAUUUGGGAUUGGCUAUGGGGUUCUUUAAUUACCCUUCACGACGCAGAAAGUACGCACACCGCCUUGGAGCAGGAAGCUCUAUUUCACUGCCCUCUAAAGCCAAAGGAAAUAAUUACCCAUUGUAAACAGGCUGAAGUAUUUGUAGUGUUGCCAGAAGAAUUAACUGGGGGCAGCCCCUGCCAAAGUAUCUCCUCCUGUACCUCGGCCAGCCCGUGAAACCACCGCGCUGACUUCCAGUGCGCUCGCCAGUGAUGGUUUCUGACGUCUGUCAGAGAGAUAAAUGCUUUUUUCUGGAAUUUCUGAGAGUUUUCUUAGCCCCGGCACUGCUCAGGGUAGAGUGGGCACUCAUUUGUGUUUAGAUGUGUCCCUUACCUUUAUUUUGAUACAGAAAAGAUGGGUUUUGUCACAAUUCAAAGCUAAACGAGUAUGAUUUUAUGUCUUUAUUACAGAAGAGAGAGUUGAGGGGGCUUUGUUUUUUAUUCCUGGUGAUAGUAAGUGUCAUUUUUGUUUGCUGGUAUUACUGUACGAGCUCAUCCUGCGUGCUCCGUGUCCUGGGACCUUCAUGCAGUCGUCUUGAGGCGCAGUGGUUUCAUUCCGAGUCGUUCUAUACUGUAAACAAUUUUAAUGUUUUGCUGCGGCCUUUCUGACCUCCAGCACCUCUGCAUCAGGCACCGUCAGUGCUCAGUUUCUUGAGUGUUUUCGUGAGGACUUUGUGGUCGGUGAGCUGCGCGUGGGUAGGAAUAGCCACAGGGAGGCAGAGAAGCUCCAAGCGAUGCGCUCAGCAAGGCGUAGUAAGGAUUUUGCACUGCUGGGUUAUCGCAAGAGCCCAGUCAGGUCUGAACCGCUUGCGGCUGGCAAUUUGAGAUUCCAGAAGCAAUAAUUUCUUAGGAAUGUUUCCCUUCCUGCUGGUUAGACGACGGUCAUAGAGAUUUAUUACCUACAUAGCCUUUUCGGAACACGACUCCGGUCGUUUCAGAGCAGCUGGCAGUAAGCAGGCACCGAAAGCUGCGGGUUGUUCAUCAUCGGGAGGGAGGAAGCCAGUAAAUCCAGCAGAGGUUAGCGCUCCCUGAAACACGCGCUGUCCUUUUCCCCUCGCCUUGGGAGCCCAAGGCGACUGUACUCAGCAAGGUUUUCAACUGAGUUCUUCCAGCUUUUCCCUCGUCCUAGCCCGCUGCGCGACGAGCUCGGCUACACGUAUAGACCUUAUUUAAAUCACUAAGUAAACUCCUGCAUGAUACUCCAAGCACAUGUAGCAGCUUCGGCAUCUGAAGUAUCUAUUGUGAAAGAGAAGUCGGUUUUCUUUGCAGCUGUUUUGUCCUCGUUUCCUUUUCAUAGGCCAAAUAAAUGUUAAUGAACACCAAAUGUUGCACAGAAAUGUUGUUAAUGACUGUGUAGAAGAAAUACCAAACUUUAUUUUUCUUUGCAGAAACUUUUAUGGUUACAGAGAGUUCUCUAGCUGUUAUUCUUAAGCGACAAAGCUGAACGUUUGUAAAGCGCGUUGAAAAAGUGGUCAUUUUAAAACCAGGGGAGCUACCCAAAGUUUUCUGUUUCUCAUGUUGCAUCCAGAACAAGAGGCGAGCUGCAGCAGCCUCUUUGGUUUCAGCAGCCUGGCCAGUUAGAAAGGGUGUUUCAUAAUAACCAAGGGGCUCAGGCUUUCAGCCUCGCACAGGGAAACACGGGCACUCCGACAUUGACCGAAAUUACAGUAGUUUAGUGGCAAGCAUUUACACCCCAAAAAAAAGAGAAUGUUUUCAAAUUUCUUCUCAAAUUCAUUUUUCUUCUCAAAUUUAAAGGCUUUUGGCACAGUUACGACCUGCUAAAGCUUUACAGAAAAGCCCGGACAUGGGUUCAUUUUGACAUAUUCUACCACGUUCUGAAAUUGUCUGACAUUUCCGAAAUUUCGGAGUUGUGGGUGGAGCUCUAGGAGCAUUGCCUUGCUCAGCCAGGCAUUGCCCACACCUAUUCAAUCCUCAGCGAUAGCCAAAUUGUAGUAAACAGCCCCAAAACCAGGAAGACUUCUCUCUUACCACAUUGGCACUUCCCGAUGAUGAUUUUCUUUCGGAUGUAACAUGAACACUAAGCCCUUUUGGUAGCCAAAUGACCAGCUUCUUUAAAAUGCCUCAUAUUAAUACAAAGCUGCAUAUAGGCAUCUCAUAGCGGAAAAAAAAAUAAAAAUAAAAAGAGAAUAUUUAGUUCCUUUGUGAACUGGCCAUAUGACAACUACUUUUUUAUCAACUUAUUAAGUUGGGGCACUAUAAUAGCUCUUGCUGAGUUUAGCAAUGUUUAUAAGCAUGUGUUAAACACAUAAUGUUAAGUUUUAUGAGGAAAAAGGGAUAAAGAAAAGUAAUGUCACAGAUGAAUGUUUGAGUGCAUAGACGGCAUAAUGUAUGUAUGUUUUUUAUUUCUACACUGUUGAGCUUAUUUUCUGUUUUAAGGUCAAAAAAAAAAAAGAUUUGUUGCAUGAGAACUGUUUUAUUGUGUUCUGCACUUUCUGUUCUUUUUGUAUAAUCUCGAUUUAUUUUUUUUCAUUUACGCGUAGAAAACAACAACAACAAAAAAUCAAUUUAGAGCUAUUCUACUUCACGAGCCGUUGUGUUCCGAUCUGUUGUUCUGAAGUUCGAUCUUAAUAAACAUUUCAGUAAGAGUU